AUGCUGUUCCGUGGGAAGUUCCCCAUCACCGUCUCGGAGGCGCCAGAUCCCUGUGACAUCAUUUGGGAGAACUUCCAGGUUCAAGGGGGCCUGAAGAUGUCCCGAGUGGUCCUGACGCUCUUGUCGGGCUUGUUGUUCGUCUUGGUCCUUGCGGCAGUCAUGUUCGCGCCCUCCGUUCUCUCUGCCAUGAGCUACACGGACAUCGAAGCUCCAUCUUUAGCUCAGAUUCGUCUGAAAUGGUUGGAGCAGCUGUCCAUGGCAUCGCUCACGGCGCUGGGAAAUCGAGUGCUGGCAGUGAGCAUGCGCUCCGCCGCCGAAGCGAGUGGCUUUGUGCAAAAGGCCAAUGAGGACAGCGUCUUUGUGCUUUGCAGCUACUUGAUGGUGGUGGCGAAUUCGGUGGCUCCGUUGCUGGUGGCGCAGCUGGUGGCCAUGAACGAAGACCUUCAGGUGACCCCACAGCUGGCCACAGAGUGGAUUUUCUACCAGUUGACCGUGAGUAUUCUCAUCACCGAGAUCUUGUACGUGCUCUACCCAGCCUGGACAUACUGGAGCGGCUACUUCUUUGUUCGCCAGAGCAAGUACAUUACCGUCAGAGAAGGCCAACCGGCCCUGACCAGUGCUGAAUUCCCUGUAGCGCAAAGGUACGUGGACACGUUGUUGACCGUGACCAUGGUUUUCGUGAUGCUGGUCGUCGACCAUCAGUCCAUCUUCACCAUCGGGGGUGAGAUCCUGAUGUUCCUCUAUGGCAUCUACAUGUACUUGAUCGACAAGUACUUCUUCUUGCGGGUCAAUCGCCAGACUUACUACACCAGCUCUUUGCUGGAUCUCACUGUACAUUACCUUUGGGCGAUACCCAUGUGCUUGCUGGUCUUGCUUCCGGUACGGCAGCUGGACAGCUAUUUCCAUCAAGCUUGGAUCAAGUACUGUGUCGUGGUUGGAGUGGUUGUUCUUUAUCUUGUGAUGGUUCGGAUUUGUCAAGCCUGCAACCAACCGCGCCGCGAACUGACCGAUGUACCAUACGUUGAGGUGGCCAGCAUACUGCCCUGCAACUACUUCAACACCAAUCAUGCUCAUGUCCUUCGAACUCUGCAUUUUCCGUCGAUUGUCAUUCCGCCGGUGUAUCCGCACCUGCCUGGCAAAGAGUACCUACAUGGUGGCCAGUUUGCGGACUAUGAUGAUAGCGUUCGCCUGCGAGAGACCUUGCUGCUGUUGGCCAAGGGCCCCUUUAAAGGCCUGGAUGACUUUGGAAACCCACAGGACUGA